CCGCCCAACUUCCAUUUGAAAAUUUCUUCUCGAUAAAAUAAAAAUCCCUUCGUUUAUACUUUCUCUCUCCACCGUUUUCUCUGUUUAAAAUCUACCUUGGCCGCCGCUUCGGCUUCUGCUCUGCGAGCCUCCGUCCGACCGAGUACCGAAUCUAUUUAAGGUUCUGUCUCUCCUCAAUAUGCCUAGGAAGCGCAAAUCUGCUCCGUCCUCGGAAGCUGCUUCCUCCAAGAGGCAAACUCGAUCGACUUCCAAGUUAAAGAGAAAUGUUUCCCUCAGCGGAGAAUUAGCUGAAGUGACUCCGUCUGGUCUCAAAAUUGAAGAGAUAGUUGACGCAGAGGAGACCUGCAGCAACGAGGUUGAGGCAACGGAAGAAAACGUCGAUGGGAUGACUGAUGGAAAAUCUGGUUCGGAAACCCUGCAGUCGGAGUCAAAAGCGAGAGGGAAAAGCGUUGUUACUGAUGAGGAUGAUGAUGAUGCGCCGGACGCAAGGUUUCUUGGUGAACCGGUUCCUGAUAAGGAAGCGAGGAAACGGUGGCCUAAACGCUAUGAGGGAAAGAAGCAAAAGGGAGGAGUAAAAUCAAAAGAUGAAGAUGACGAGGAGGUUAUCCGAGCGCGAAGGCAUUACACUCGGGCAGAGGUUGAUGCACGGGUUUUAUAUGAUCUCUAUGAUGAUGCUUAUGUGAAAGGUGAAGAAGGGCAGGAUUGCUACAUAUGCAAGAUUAUUGAAAUGUUUGAAGGAAUUGAUGGGCUGCCUUACUUUACAGCUCAGUGGUAUUACAGAGCCAGAGACACCGUCAUAAAAGACGUGGACGAUUUAAUUGAUAACAAGCGUGUAUUCUUUUCAGAGGUCAAGAAUGACAAUCCUUUGGAUUGUCUUGUUGACAGAUUAACAAUUGCAAGAGUCCCAUUAAAUGUGGACUUGAAAACAAAAAUGGCAAAAAUUCCAGUUUGUGAUUAUUACUGUGACAUGCUAUAUUUGUUGCCAUAUUCAACAUUUGUUAGCCUACCAGAAAAUUGUGAAAAUGGUAACGAGACAUCAUCUACUAUUUCUAGUGAUAUUGAUACAAGUAGUGGAAACGAUGGAAAUUCUGAUAACAACAAAGUCUUAGGAAAAGUGACAUUGUUGGAUUUGUACUCUGGGUGUGGUGGAUUGUCAACUGGUCUCUGCCUAGGUGCAAACAUUGCUGGGUUGAAUCUUAAGACAGGUUGGGCUGUUGAUUUGAAUUCACAUGCAUGCAAAAGUCUUAAAUGGAACCAUCCAGAAACACAGGUUAGGAAUGAAACUGCAGAAGACUUUUUAGCACUUAUGAAGGAGUGGAAAAAACUUUGCACUUAUUUCUCUUUGGUGAAAAGUGAAAGUACAGAGGACCAAGUAUUCAAUUUCAAUCCUUUUGUUUCGCAAGAUGAUGGAGUUGAAGAUGAUGAUGACGAACAGAGUGACAGUGAUAAUGAUCCUGAGGUUUUUGAAGUUGAAAAGAUUCUUGAUAUAUGCUAUGGUGAUCCAAAAGAGAAGGGGGAGCGAGGAUUAUACUUAAAGGUUCGUUGGAAGAAUUAUGGGCCUGAAGAUGAUACAUGGGAACCCUUUGAAGGUUUGGGUAACUGUCAGGACACCAUUAAAAGUUUUGUCACAGAUGGCUAUAAAUCGAGGAUUAUCCCAUUCCCAGGCGAUGUUGAUGUGGUUUGUGGAGGCCCUCCAUGUCAAGGCGUUAGUGGUUUCAAUAGGUUUAGAAACAAAGAUAAUCCUUUAGAUGAUAAAAAGAACAAACAACUUCUUGUCUUCAUGGAAAUUGUAGAGUAUUUGAAGCCGAAGUUUGUUCUGAUGGAAGAUGUUGUUGAUAUUUUGAGGUUUGCCAAUGGCUUUUUGGGAAGGUAUGCCUUGGCUCGAUUGAUUCAAAUGAACUAUCAAACCCGGCUAGGGAUGAUGGCAGCUGGUGCGUAUGGGCUUCCUCAAUUUCGUAUGCGAGUUUUCUUCUGGGGUGCUCGACCUACAGAGAAGCUCCCUCAAUACCCUCUUCCCACACAUGAUGUUGUAGUACGAGGUGUCGUUCCCCUUGAGUUUGAGAUGAACACUGUUGCAUAUGACGAAGGAGAAAAACCAGAAUUGAAGGAGAAACUUUUAUUGAAAGAUGCAAUUUCUGACUUGCCAGCUGUUGGAAACAAUGAAGAGCGAGAUGAAAUGCCAUAUGAUAAGGAACCCCGGACAGAAUUUCAACGGUUUAUUAGAUCACGAGAAGAGGAUAUUCUGGGUUCAUCGGAUGCCCAAUCAGCUAAAAGUUUGUUGUUUGAUCAUCGUCCCCUUGAAUUGAAUAAAGAUGAUUAUCAACGUGUUUGCCAGAUUCCAAAGCAGAAGGGAGCAAAUUUUAGAUAUCUGCCAGGUGUGCAAGUGCGUCCGGAUAACAAAGUUGAAUGGGAUCCUGAUGUCCCGAGGGUUUAUUUGAAAUCAGGGAAACCUCUGGUCCCAGAUUAUGCAAUGACAUUUAUGAACGGGACAUCAUCCAAACCAUUUGCUCGUCUAUGGUGGGAUGAAACGGUACCAACUGUUGUCACAAGGGCAGAACCCCAUAACCAGGCAAUUCUACACCCUGAGCAAGAUCGUGUGCUAUCAGUUCGCGAAAAUGCAAGGCUGCAAGGGUUCCCAGAUUAUUAUAAACUUUUUGGGCCUAUAAAAGAAAGGUACAUUCAAGUAGGAAAUGCUGUGGCAGUACCUGUUGCUCGUGCUUUGGGUUACUCAUUAGGGUGGGCCUACCAAGGUUUGGCAAGAAAUGAUAACGAACCAUUGUUCAAGCUUCCUGCAGGAUAUCCUAAUCUCCCAAAACGAAUCUCAUCUGAAUCAUCCCAAGACUAGAUGAAAUUGUAUUAUAUAAUUUAAUACAUUCUUAGAACGUUUUGUACAUGUAGGUCAGUUGGUAGGUGCUAACAUGUUUGGUAGAUUCAAGACUCAUUUCAUGCAAUUCUGCUCAGGCUAAACUCAUGGAAUGAUGGAAACAUAGAUGCGCCAUAAUUUUGUCCCAUGAUGGAGCGUCCAUUUCAUAUCAAUGAAAUAUGUUCCAUAAUGUUUAUCUUGAAUUACGUUGUAAAUUCAUCAUCAUGGUAAGCUUUUUUCAUGGUUGAACAUGUAUGUCAAAAAAUUGAGCCCCAAAAUUGAUCUUACCUUGAACAGACCCUAGAAUACGAAAUUGGGGAACCAGGAAGGCGGACUAGGUUUGAACAUCAUG